UUUCUUUUAAUUUUAAGAAGAAUUCAUUUUUUAUAUUUAUAUUUUCUUUUUUCAGGCAAAUUUGUUUUAACGCUCGGAAGACAAAAAUUAAUGUUGUUUUUAAUUUAUUUAUUUUAGAAAAUCGAUGGUGCUCUAUUAAUGGUGCUUUUUCUAUUGUCGAAAGGCACAUUUCAUGGAAAGGUUGAGGAUUAAAUUUUUCUAUCCUCUCCCCUGGCACAUAUUCGAUCUCAGUUUUAGGCCAAUUUGCUUCUUCUUCAUGAAGGAAUUCUGGGCCUUUAAACCAUAGAGCAUUAUUGGCCAAUUCGCUUGGAGUAAUUCCCCUACUAGUCAUAUCCGCCGGAUUUUCUUCGGUUCGGAUGUAUUUGACAAUAUUUUUUCGAAUAGGCCUUAAACGUCUUUCAAUGAAUGGUUCUUGCUCCGAUGGGCUUUUUAGCCAGUGGAUGACUGUUUGAGAGUCAGUCCACAACAUCUUUUUAUUAAUUUUUAGGUCGAGCAUAUUUUCAACAUAUUCCAACGCUUUAGUAGCUAUUAAGGCUGCAUGGAGUUCCAUUCUGGGAAUAGUUAAUUUUGCUUCGCAUUUGCCAAUUUGCGCUUUAGGCUUUACUCUGCUUUUAGCAAAAAUUAGAGUCGAUUCUAUUUUCGCAUCUUUUUGAGAGCGAAGAUAGAUCGUAAAUCCUAAAGCUUUGUCUGAAGCAUCAGAAAAGGCGCAUAGUUGGAAAUUUGGUACUUUCGUUAAUUUCCACGAGAUAACUCUUCUGGGUAUUUUAAUAAUGCUACAAUUUAGAUAUUCUGUUGCAAUUUCUUCCCAUUCAAUUUUUAAAUCCUCGGGUAAAUCAUUGUCCCAAGGAAGUUUCGCUUCCCAUAAUUUUUGCAAUAGCCAUUUCCCUUUUAGAAGAGCGGGUGAAAUAAGGCCGCAAGGGUCAAAACAUUCAGCUAUAGUUGCUAGGACUUUUCUUUUUGUCCAUUGCUUUUCUUCAGUUAUUUUUGGUAUAGGGAGUUUUAAAGAUAGAGCAUCAUAG